AUGAUCAUUUUUUUCUUGAUAAUCCAAAAGAUCACUAUGUUCAAACCUGAGAUAAAGGAGAAUGAUAUCACCUUGUAUCCAACAUAAGGAGAGUACUUUAAAUUCUAUAUCAAUGAAAUUCUAUAUUUAACUAGUUCCCUACCUGAAUUAUCAUCAUUGACAUGUAAUUUGAAUUCUUAAGUUCCUUAUGUAGAUUUAAUCAAUACUCUUUAAGAGACUUACCUAACAGAAGGCGAAAGUAAAUAUCAUCAAUAUUAUAAUAGAUUUUAAAUCAAUAUCUUCAAAUAUUACGCAUUUUGCUGCUUUGACCUAUAACAACUAAGUUAUUAUAUAUGAAUGGAUAAAUGAAAUCUUAAAAUAAGUUGGAUAAACUCUGAACAUUGAUUCUUCAAUUAAUUGUUUUAGCAUCAAUUUAUUUUUAGAUUCUUCAAUUUUAGUUGAUUGCUAUAAUAAUGAAUAGUUUUCUUUAAUGAACAUAAUAAAUGCAUAAUCAAUUAUUGUGUAUUAAGCUGAAUCCUAUAUGCCUAAUUCAACCGAAAUAUAAUCAAUUGUAAAUGGAACAAAAAAUUUUAUAAUCUAUACCUAAUAUUUUCAGAAUUAUUCUAUUAUUUCGCUAUUUUCAGAAUAAUUUGAUAAUUUAAGCAGCUUUAACUCUACAUUUAUUGAUUUUGAUAUUUCAAAUAGAAUAAAUCCUUAUAUUUAUGCAAUUAAUUAGCAAGAGAUUUUCUAAUUUUAUAUAUCAGAGGAUUACAAGUUUGUAUAAAUAUCUAAUAACACAUUUAUUUGGUGUUUGAAAUUUACAAUUAUUAAUGCAUAUUAUAAUUCAAAAUCUUUUUCUUAAUGUGAUCAAAUAUAGGUAUUAUGUGAAGUGACUAAAUAUAAUGGGCCAUUACUGGUUUUUUUUGGGGGAUGUGAAAACUCAAUAAUCUAUUAAGGUUAAAGAAGUAUUGACUUUUCUUUUCAAAAAGUACUCUAAAAUAACUAAUUUGUCAUUUAUUCAAAUUAUUCAGAUGAUAAAAUAAGAAUUUAUUUCUAUCAAGAGAUUUCUUCUUACUAGAUAGAACAUAUUAAAAAUAACUCUUAAUUAAUUUUGAAUGCAAAUAAUGAAUUAUUUUCAUUUAAUAAAGACAUAAUUGUUUAUAAAAUUUAAUCACCAGCAUUAAUAAUGAACCUAACUAGUUAAGAGAUUGUAUAAAUCAACGAGAAUUUUAAAAUAAAAUGUCACACCAGAGAUUUUUAAAAACAAUUUCUCUUUUUUAUAAGAGUUUAAGUUUUGUCUUAAAAUGACACAAAUAUAUAUGUAAUGUUUUAACCAAAUUUACCUUAAAUGUAAAUUAUCUCUAAUAAUAAUAAUAACAUUAUAGUCACUUUUACUGGUUUUUCAGGAUAAUUAUUAAAUUAUUCACUUAAUUCAGAUGAAGUAUUUUUAAAUUUAUAACAAACAACAUUUUCUAAUGCUGGUAGAUUGCUAUAGCAAUAUUAUUUAAUAAAAAUAAUUUCAUAAUACACAUAAAUGGGAAGUUUUUCUUUAGUAGGAUAUAAUAAUUAAUCCCUUGAUUUUUAUUAUUGCCAAAUCUCAAUUUAGGGUUCAACUUAGUCAAUCUGCUAGUAAUAAAAUUCGAUUGAGAUUUCUAUAAAUGCAUUUUAGCUCUAAAUUGCCUUAAGUAUUUAUCCUUAAAUGAUGAUUGUUGGACUCAGUGAUAAUAAUACAAUUUAUUUGUUUAAAAACAAUUAAGAAGGCUAAUAAAUUAGUUAAUUAAAUUAUACUUUUGAAUCACAGGUCUCAGAAUUUCUAAUCAAUUAUAAUACUAUUAUAAUUCGUAUUCUAAAUCAAGAAAUUCAAAUAAUGUCUUUAAAUUUUACAAAUACUUUUAUUUUAAACUAAUAGGUUAUAAAUAGUAUUUUCAAAAAUAUUAAAUUCAAUCCAAUAUAAAUUGUUUAGAAUACUUAAUUAUUUUCAAAUUUCUUAUAUAUUAACAAUAUUAAUAAUGUUAUUAUAGUUACAAUAGAUUAAAAUAAUUAGCCAAUCCCAAAUUCACUGAUUUAAGUUAAUUACACAAUUAAACAAAUAAACUUAGUAAAUUAACAACUGAUUUUAUCAUAUAUUUGUGAUAAUGGUUAAAAUAUUUGUUUCUAAGUUUGGAACAUUGAAAAUUUGCCAAAUUUUUAUUAUGUGAAAAGUCUUUAAAGAGUAAAUUUUGAUAAUAACAUAAUAAUUUAAUCUGAUAACUUGUUCUUUUAUGUAACUUUUAGUAAUUUAACUUUUUAUGUUUAUAAUCCAUUAUUAUCAUAUCAUAUGAGUUUAUAUUAUAUGAAUGUAUUAACAUCUCCAAUUAAAUGCACAUUAGCUUUUAUAUUUCCAUAAACAACCUUAUAUGAAAAUUCAAUAAUAUUUUAUGAAAAUAGUUACUACUAACUUAGUAAUUUCUAGUAUUAUGAUCUAAUUUAUAAUUUAGAAAAUUUAACUUCUUACUAUUAAAAAACCUAUCCAUAAGUGAUUUACAAUUACUUUGUAACUUCAGCAUUAAAUCAAUCAGCAGUUUAAUCAACUCUUAAUUAAAGCAUUUCUUUUUUAGUAAAUUUCACUAUGUUUUAAUCAGUUACUAUUUAAUAAGUUCAUUUAAAUGAAUAUAAUUUAAUAAAUACUUAAAAUACAAAGACUAAGUAACUCAAUUCAAUGAUGAUUUCAAUUCCAAUGAAUUUAAUCAUUGAUAGACAAGUCAAUUCUUGCAAAUGCAUAUAUCCUGAAUAUUGUUCUAUAGAUUAAAGUUUAAGAUAAACAAAAAAUACAUAAAAUUUCUCAUUAAUAACUUCCAUAAACAACUAAUUUUUUGCUUUAUAGAAUAACUCAUUUAUUUAUAUUGUAAAUGCUGAUUUUAUAACUCUAUCAAAUUUAAGUUAUGAUUAUUUAAAUUUUAGUGAAUGUUUAUCAUCAACAUCAAAUAAUUACAAAUUAUAUUCAAUUUGUUAAAAUAAUUCUUCUUAGUAUUGGUUAACUUUUAGUUUAAAUUCUUCUGGUUUUGUAAUUCAACCAUAGCUUAUUUAGCUUUCAGAAACAUUUUCAACAAUUUAUAAAAUAAGGAGCCUUUUAAAUCAAUACUAUAUCUUAGGAAAUAUAAAUUAUUAGGCUCAAUAGUUGUAUUGGAUAAACUAAACUACUAACACUUCAUAAUAAAUAUUUUAUUUUAGUGAUGCCGAUAGUUAUUGUUAAGAUUUUUCAAUAGGUGAAUUAACAAAUACUACUAUUGCUAAUACAUUAUCAAAGACAAUCAUUAUUUCUUCAAUCAUUAAGUAUCUAAUUGAAGAAUAAAAUUUAGAACUGCCAGCACUCUUUUAUCAAUUGAUGUAAAUAGAUGACCAAUCAAUAACACUGACAAAAUAGUUUUCCUUCCAGAUAUAAUUUUGCGAUUAACAAUAUGCUUGUUAAUAUGUGAACAUUUAUCCUAAUAAUAUUCUAAUUCUAGAAACAGACCAUAAUGAUGUAACUUUACUUAUAGGUAAUAUUGAUAAUAGUUACAUAAUUGAGUUAAAAGUAUAAGUUUUAUAAACACAAUCAAUAGCUACAGUAAUUUAAACUAUUCCAAAUUAUGGCAGUUAAAUAAAUUUGGGUAAUUCAUUUUAUUAAGAUGGUUAUUUGAUGCAAUAAUUUUCUUAUAAUUAUUAUUAUCUUGUUGGAUUUUAUAAUUUAAAUAAUUUAGGAAUAGAUAAUAUAUUUGAACCCAUUUUGAUGUAUAAUUCAUUCACAUCAUACUCAAAUCAAUAUGCAAUGAUUAUAAAUAAAACUAACUUAUAUCAAAAUGGAAUUUCCCUAAGCAUAUAUAACUAGUCUAUUAUACAAUCAUAUUAAAUUAAUACCUGGAAUAUAUCUACAGUUAUUUUUUCAAGUAAAAAUGAUAUUAAUGUUUCUAUAUCUUGUUCGAAUAAUUUUUCAGAAGGUAUUUAUAAUAUUACAUUCCAUCUGCCUCCAUAUUUUGAUUUAAACUUUAGAAAAUGGAUUUAUGCUAUGCUUUUUAUCAUCGUUUUACUUAUAGUAUUAUUUUGCUAUAAAAUUUAAUAAUAGAGAAGAAAAUAUUAAAGUAUUGAUUACGAAAUUGAAUUAUGA